AGCAGUCACCUGCUGCGUCCUUCGAACCUCAGCUUCGCACAAUCGAACCGAAUCGCAUUGGAGCUCUCUCACCCCGUGGCACCACCACCACCACGACAACUACAUCGGUCAUGAACGCAGCAGUUCGUGCAAAACGGGGCUCUCCGGUAUUAGGGAAUUCCGCAACAUUAAACGGGGCCAUCUACAUUCUGGGCGUCGGCAACUUGGGCAAGCUGGUGGCGCAUUCUCUGGCCAGACGCGAGGCGGCCGCGCCCGUGACGCUGCUCUUUCACCGACCCGGCCUGCUCGCCGACUGGGAAGCCAGUGGCCGCGCUAUUAAGUGCACCACAGACGGAGUCGUCGACACCAGGCGCAAUUUUUCUGUCGAGCUGCUCCCUAACGGCUACGGCACUCGGACUGGGCGCGAGAGCGGGAGCGGGAGCGGGAGCGGGAGCGACAGCGAGACACAACACCGCCCGCCGCCAAUCCACUACCUCGUCGUCACCACCAAGGCAUACUCGACCCUCGCCGCCCUCGAACUCGUCAAGGACCGCAUCGACCGCAACUCCACCAUUCUAUUCCUCCAAAAUGGAAUCGGAACAACCAAGGAAGUUUCAGACAAUCUUUUCGUCGUACCUAACACCCGCCCAACCUACUUGGCCGGUAUUUGCAGCGCCGGCGUCUAUAGCAGCGGUCCAUUUAGCAUUGUCCAUGCCGGCCGGGGGCCGCUGGCUGUCCACCCUGAGAGUCUCAGUCGCGCCUCCUAUAUGUCCCACAACCACCUCGUGCAACAGCUCGUGUAUGCUGACGCCCUCGACGCCGCCAUCCUAUCGCCCGCCUCGCUUCGAGAAGCACAGUUGCGAAAGCUUGUUGUCAAUUCCAUAAUCAACCCGUUGACCGCCAUCUUCAACUGCAAGAAUGGUGAGCUGUUUGCCGACCCGAAAAACGUGGCCCUCAUGUCGAUACUCGUCCGCGAGACCUCAGCAAUCGUGCGUGCCCUGCUUCCUCAGAAGUCCCAUCCAGCCAUCAUGGACACUUUCACAAACAAGUACCUUGAAGAACUUGUCCUCUCCGUGGCAGAAAAGACGGGCGGAAAUACCAGCUCAAUGCUGCAAGACGUGCGAGCCGGCAGAAGGACCGAGAUCGACUACAUGAACGGUUACCUGGUUGAGAGUGCAGGGAGACUGAAUCUGCCAUGCGAACACAACGCCGCCAUUGUCAGGCAAGUCAGGCAACUCGCGACCGUUUGA